CUGCCGUUUGCGUGGUGCGCCGACCUCUCCGCCGAGGACCUGGAUUAGCUGCAGCCCCGGCCACCGGAGGCCCCUGCCGGCGUUCAGCUCCCAGUGCGCUGAGCUGGGUUGAGGGCGCCUCCAGGAAGAGCCGGCGGCCGCUCGGGUGCCUUCGCCUCUUGCGUCUCUCCCCAACCUGCCGCUGCCGCCGGUGGUCGAGAGACCCGGGGCUCUUCUUCCUCUCCCCUUUUUCUGUCUGUGUCUGUGUCUGUCUGUCUUCCGUUCCCGAAAUGGAUUUAUCUUUGAGGGUCCUCGUUUUAUUCUGGCUUUACCUGGAGGCUUUAGGGGACUUUGACGGAAGGUGGCCCAGGCAGAUCCUUUCCACGGCUGGAUUGUGCCGUUUUGGGAGCAGAGUGGAUUGCUGCUGGGGCUGGGCUCGCCACUCGUGGGGCCAAUGCCAACCUUUCUACAUCUUAAGGCAGAGAAUAGCCAGGAUAAGGUGCCAACCCAAAGCUGUUUGUCAGCCUGGAUGUAAGCAUGGAGAAUGUGUUGGUCCAAACAAAUGCAAAUGUCAUUCAGGAUACACUGGGAAAAUGUGCAACCAAGCUGCACACCUGUUUGCAACCUCUCACCAUUGGUCCAGUGAACCACCUUUUUUCAUCACUGCGGAAGAUCAUGCCACAAAUUUGCCUUGGAGGGAUCUCAAUGAAUGUGGAUUGAAACCAAGGCCAUGCAAACAUCGAUGCAUGAAUACCUACGGAAGCUACAAAUGUUAUUGUCUGAAUGGGUACAUGCUUAUGCCUGAUGGAUCAUGCUCUAAUGCUCUCACAUGUUCAAUGGCAAACUGUCAGUAUGGCUGUGAUGUGGUUAAAGGGGAAGUACAUUGUCGCUGUCCUUCUCCAGGCUUACAGCUGGCACCAGAUGGCAGAACUUGUAUUGAUGUGGAUGAAUGCAUCACUGGGAGCGUUACCUGUCCUCGAUUCAGGAAAUGCGUCAACACUUUUGGAAGUUACAUUUGCAAGUGUCAUAAAGGCUUUGAUUUGAUGUACAUUGGAGGCAGAUACCAGUGCCAUGACAUAGAUGAAUGUUCUCUUGGCCAAUAUCAGUGUGGAAGUUUUUCACAAUGUUACAAUACACAGGGGUCUUACAAAUGUAAAUGCAAAGAAGGGUACAGAGGUGAUGGAUUAAACUGCAUAACUAUUCCGAAAGUUAUGAUUGAUCCAUCUGGCCCAUAUAGUGUAUUUAAAAGCAAUUCAACUUUUCCUAAAGGCAGCAGUGGCAUGACCAACAGAAUACCUGAACCUGGUGGUACAAGACAUCCCAUUCAGCUACAAUAUAUUCCAUCUGUAAUUACAGCAAAGCCUUAUCUGAAGACAACAGCAAGACCAACUAUGAAACCAACACACAAACCACAUACCAGAUUAGUAACAAAGCCUGCCACAACAAGACCAGCUUUCAGGCCAGUGACAAGUCCUCCCCAACCACCCCCAGUUCCAUCUAAGCCUGUAACAACAACAGUGCCAAAAAUAGUAACUGAAGAGCCUCUGCCUUUGCCGAGUGAAACUACACCACAACAGGGAUUUACAGUUGACAAUAGGAUCCCAAUUGAGCCGCAGAAACCCCGAGGAGAUGUAUUUAUUCCCCGCCAGCCUGGAGUGAGCAAUAAUCUCUUAGAAACAUUUGAAAUUGAACAAGGGAUAAGUGCCAAUGAGGAUGAAGCAAAUGAUGAUCCUGGUGUUCUGAUUCAUAGUUGCAACUUUGAUGGUGGUCUUUGUGGAUGGAUCAAGGAAAGAAAUGAUGAUUUAUACUGGGAACCCGUUAAGGACUCCUCAGGUGGACAAUAUUUAUCUAUUUCUCAACCCAAAGGGAAGGCAGGCCAAGUUGCACGAUUGGUCCUCCCACUUGGCCAUUUAACUCGCUCCAAGGAUUUGUGCUUAUCCUUUAGGCAUAAAGUGUCUGGGUUACAUUCUGGUUUGCUUCAAGUCUUUCUAAGAAAGGCUGGUGUUCAUGGGCCAGCAAUUUGGGGAAGGAACAGUGGUCAUGGUUGGAGUCAAACGCAUAUAACGCUGAAAGGACCUGGCAUCAAGAGUGUUAUUUUUAAAGGAGAAAAAGGAAAAGGAAGAACUGGGGAAAUUGGGUUGGAUGAUAUAAGUUUGAGAAAAGGCCGGUGUUCUCAGAACCAUUAGUGCUACAGACCGGUGAACAGAACAGACUUUUGUUGUCAAUGCCUAUUAGUUGAGACACAUGGAUGGUGGAUAACUUCUCCUUUGUCUUUGUGAACCCACAUUGGACCUCCAGCUAAAUAAUGCAGAUUUUCUGUAAUAGCAAAGAAUGUUCAAACAGAUGUUGUCGAUUUCCAUUAACAUUGGUUAACGUUAUCUGUGUUAUAAGAGGUUCUGAAUGGAGGAUAUAUGCAUGUCCUUUAUGAAGAAAAGACUGCCCACACAUCAUCAAAAAGACUCAACAACUGUAUUCAUGUCUUCUGUGUGUUUUCCAUUGCCUGGUUAUGGUUGAAACUCAUUUUGUGUCACAAACUGAAGCUACAGCUGUUACUGUACUAUAUCGAUUUUUAAAGAAGAGUGUUUUGUGGGUCUGUGUGUGUAUAAUAACAUUUAUCCCUUUAUAUUAUUACAAAAGGCAGUUAAAGAGUAGCACUGCAACCCUUAAUAUUGGUAGUGCUGUGUUAUGUAUAAAUAUGUAUGUAUGUAUUAUUAUUAUUAACGUAUUUAUGUAUGUCGUGUAUUUUCAGGCUCUAGUUGUAAGAUGAAAUGGCAGUUGUGGACAUUACCGUUAAACCAGCAAUACAGGAGUGAUAGUCUGUUAGCAAGUUUUUUUUAAAAUAUAUCAGACCCAGCAAUUGUCAUUGCCUUUCUAAACUCAAAUAGUAGAAUAUUUCUUUUCAGGAAAGAAAAGCAUCGAUGACUAAUAUCAGUAGCACAACUUGGCCUUGAAGGAUGUUUUUGUAAUACGUCCAGGAACAGUUUGGCAGAUCGGAAUUUUUCCUCUCUUAUUUCAGAAACUAUUAAGAAACAAAAUAGGUAUUUGGGUUCAUAAGCAAAGAAAUACAGUAGAAGGACUGGCCAUGCAUUGACCAGAUUACAUUAUUGCAUAGUUCUAUCUACUUUCGCCUCUUUUCAGACCAUGUUGUCUUUAUUUCUGGGCGGAUGACUUGAUCCAUAGGAGUAGCAUCAUAAGCAAGAAAAACGGUUUCUGAACACAGCAGAAGGGUUGCAAGAUGGCUCAGUUUCAGGCUCAUCAAUAGUCUAUCUUGCUAUUUGUGUCCUAACAGUCAGAAAUCACGCUGAGACGAGGAGUAGGUCUCUAGUGUUUAUUACUGCUACAUUAAACAGAAUCCUAACAAACUGAAGAAGCGUGGGAAAAACCCAGACAGAUAAACCCCAAAAGUUAAGGCGGGUCUGAUCUGUGUCUCUUUGAAUGGCUGCUUAAUUCCUCAGUACUAUGCAUGCGUUUUCCCCCCUGGAUAGAGGCCCCCUCCUGCUCGCCAUCAGUACUCAUGACAAUUUGCCUAUGCAGCAUACCAAAAAAAAUAUUCAGAACAGGGAAGAAGACAAAUGCAGUAGAACAUUCAAAGAGCGUUUUGAAUGGCUUAGAAUAUGGGCCUUUUAAUUCUUAUUUGCAAAAAUGGGAAAUUUAAAAAGUCUGCCCUUGCAUUCAGAUGGCAAUCACAUUGCUGGCAUGAUAAUCUCCCCAAGAAGUUAUUCCAGAUGGUGGGCACUGCCAUGGGAAAAACUGUUUUUGGUUGCCUCAAUAAGAGGAGCCUUUCAGCUGUUCAAGUAUGGGUUGAUAGAAACAAAAACAGAUGGACAAAACAUACCACAUUUUAUAAGUCCAAAAGAAUUUAGCUUAAUUUCAACUUAGUCCAUAUCUGAAGUUACUUCUUACUAGCAUGUGAUUUCUUCCUGUAUUUCUCAAGUAAAUCAGAGGUCAGCAGUAUGGCAGCCUUAAAGAGUGUUCAACCUCCUUCCUCCCCCAAUUAAUUAUAUAUAUUUAUUUUUUAAACAUAUUAAAUGAUCAAACUCUCAUUAGUUCACAGGGGCAUUCUUGAAUGAGAUUGCAGGAUAUCUGAGAGUUAAAGUCAUUGCAAUUUUGCAACAAUUAUUAAAGGUUGUCAACAUUCAGAAUAAACCAUUUAUAGAUAUGAUCAUUUCAGAUAGAAAUAAUGUUUGUUAACGCAUGGUGCUUUGUUUGUAAAGAAGCAACUGUAAAAGUGAAUUGAUGGCCUUUAAUACUUUCCAUUACAGCAGUUGGAACAGCUGAGCAAUUUUUUUCCCCAGCUGUAAUUGCAACUUGCCUUUUCAGUCAAGCAAAUGUUUUUAGCAGAAACGUGUUAAGACCCACUCCAGCUGUUGGGAGGAUUUCCUUCUUCUAAUCAUAUAGCUUUCAGCUGAAAUAAGUUUCUAAAAUAGAGGAUGUAGAAUGUCAAUGUGGCUGGUUUUUGUCUGAUCAAGAAUGAUGCUUUUUUAAAUAAGGAAAACUAAUAUUUUCAAUGUAUUUUUUUCAGUUGGACAGAUAAUGUAUUUAUAUUUUUAAACUUUUAAAAAGGUAAAAGCUGUUAUGUUUCAAUA